AUGUUGGGAAUUCCUUCUAGAGACGAGGAUCUUGACAUUGUGAUCUGGGAAGAGCACUGGAAUCCAUACGAUACACUACUUAAGUCGCGUCUCUUCGAUGGCCACAAGGCCAAAGUCAUGGUUGAUGAGGAGAUGCGUGAUUACAUCGUCCGUGGUCUGGACUCCGUCGGAUUUGAGACCGUCGGUCUGAACCCGGAAGUGGAGCUUGUGCGACAACAGAAGACUCCUGCAGAAGUAGAGCUGCUCCGCGCCGUCAACACCGGGACCGUGGUUGCGGUUAGGGCAAUGCGGCCUUGCCUAGUUCCUGGUCUCACCGAGGAUGAGGUAACUGAAAUCCUGAACGGUGCUCUUUUGUCCAUCGACUUCCAACUCUUCUUCAACAUUGUUUUGUUUGAAGAGCACGGAGCCUUACCCCAUGGCGGCUUCGUCACUGGCUGGAAGAAGUUGACGACCGAGAGCAUGGUCGUCAUUGAUGUUGGCGCUCACUAUUUGGGUUACAGCUCGGACAUCUGUCGCAGUUUCUUCAUUGACCCGCCCAAGAUAGAAAGACGCAGCAUGAUUGGUAUGCUCCUGGGACUUCUCGGGAAGUCAUCAACAAUGCAUACCUCUGAAUUGACCUCCGGGCUCCGAGCGGAGAAGUUCAAGGUCUGGGACAUUGUGUUGGAAGCACAGACUGCGGCUGCUGCUGCUUUCAAGCCGAACAACACGGCUGCCAGUGUUGACAUUGCCGCGCGCACUGUUAUUGAGGAUGCAGGCUACGGUUACGGUUUUACUCACCGUCUGGGACAUGGCAUUGGUAUCAAAGCCCACGAGUCCCCUUACUUGAAUAAGUGGAACAACCAAGUUUUGCUUCAGCCGGGCAUGACCUUCACCAAUGAGCCAGGCAUCUACCUUGAGAAUAGGUUUGGUAGUCUGGAGAAGCCGAACUACUCACAGGUCGCCGAGCUACAGGACCGUAUGAUCCGUAGCUUCUGUGCGGGUCUGAAUGAGUAA